GUGGCAAAAAUAUUUGAUAACAAUUACAGGCCAUUGUUCAGAUAUUCAAAAUAGCAAAUCGUUUGAUAAACAAUAUUAAACUUGUGAUUUCAUGUUAGAAGCAUAAAAUAAUAUACAAUUGGCACGAAUAUGUUAUCAGAUAUUAUUCAGUAUAUAAGUGAGACUUCUUUGAAUCAAACUUAAUGUUAAUGUGGUUCUUGUUUAAACAGUAACCAUGCAUUUUACUUUCGUUGUGUGUGCCAUCAUUGCAGGUGCUAUAUUUGAAGUAGAGAAGAAGAAGACUUGGAAUAGACCCGAUUCAGGAGAGAAUUAUUGUUGACGAACAUAACAAAUAUCGUCGUAUGAUUGCCUACGGAGAAGUACCGAAUCAACCAAAGGGCACAAAUUUACUCAAAAUGAAGUACGAUGAUGUACUAGCUGAGAAGGGGCGUGCAGUUUCUUUACAAUGCAAAAUAAAACGUGUGAAAAUUACCGAUGAUCGUUGGCAUCACGUAGGACAAAACCUUUAUAUUGAAUACAGUAGCACAGAGGAUCCAACACAAAACUGGGAGGCUGCAAUUAAAGCCUGGUUCAAUGAACAUAAUGAUUACACUUACGGUCAGAAAUACUCUUGGAACACUGCGUACUAUACAAGUAUACACAGCUUGUUUGGUCUGAUACAAACAGUGUCGGAUGUGACUUUAUCAUGUACACAGAUAUCCAGUACUGGGACACGCCGUAUGUCAAACUAUACACAUGCAACUACGGACCUGCUGGUAAUUACCGGUGCCGAAGUCAAUAUGAUACACAAGAAUACUUGGGUUGUGGUGACAAUUUCGUGUAACAUUUUAACUUAUAAAUGCAUUAUAUAUGGGGGAGUUUUUAAUCUGCACUGAUUUUAUUGAUAAAAUAACACGAAAGAAA